AUGUCUGGACGCGGCAAAGGCGGUAAGGGCCUGGGCAAAGGCGGCGCCAAGCGCCACCGCAAAGUCCUCCGCGACAACAUCCAGGGCAUCACCAAGCCCGCCAUCCGCCGCCUGGCCCGGCGCGGAGGAGUGAAGCGCAUCUCCGGCCUCAUCUACGAGGAGACCCGCGGUGUGCUGAAGGUGUUCCUGGAGAACGUGAUCCGCGACGCGGUCACCUACACGGAGCACGCCAAGCGCAAGACCGUCACCGCCAUGGACGUGGUCUACGCGCUCAAGCGCCAGGGCCGCACCCUCUACGGCUUCGGCGUUAUGGCUCGUACUAAGCAGACAGCUCGCAAGUCCACCGGCGGCAAGGCCCCGCGCAAACAGCUGGCCACCAAGGCUGCUCGCAAGAGCGCCCCGGCCACCGGUGGCGUGAAGAAGCCCCACCGCUACCGCCCCGGCACCGUGGCUCUGCGCGAGAUCCGGCGCUACCAGAAGUCGACCGAGCUGCUGAUCCGCAAGCUGCCGUUCCAACGCCUGGUGCGCGAGAUCGCGCAGGACUUCAAGACCGAUCUGCGCUUCCAGAGCUCUGCGGUGAUGGCUCUGCAGGAGGCGAGCGAGGCCUACCUUGUGGGUCUGUUUGAGGACACCAACCUGUGCGCCAUCCAUGCCAAGCGUGUCACCAUCAUGCCCAAGGACAUCCAGCUGGCCCGCCGCAUCCGUGGAGAGAGAGCUUACUCAGCCGCCGAAGCCGUAGAGGGUGCGGCCCUGGCGCUUGAGCGCGUAGACCACGUCCAUGGCGGUGACGGUCUUGCGCUUGGCGUGCUCCGUGUAGGUGACGGCGUCGCGGAUGACGUUCUCCAGGAACACCUUCAGCACACCGCGGGUCUCCUCGUAGAUGAGGCCGGAGAUGCGCUUCACUCCUCCGCGCCGGGCCAGGCGGCGGAUGGCGGGCUUGGUGAUGCCCUGGAUGUUAUCGCGAAGGACUUUGCGGUGGCGCUUGGCGCCGCCUUUACCGAGACCCUUCCCGCCUUUACCCCGACCAGACAUAGUUACGAACAUUUGAAAGAGAGUUGGGGCAAUCAGAGAAGUUUCAUGGUACCGAUUUUCGACAUAGCUGUACAAAUUAAGACCGCUCCGGCUGCGCCUGCUGCUCCUGCACCUGUGGAGAAGACACCUGUGAAGAAGAAGGCGAAGAAAACCGGCGCCGCUGCUGGGAAGCGCAAGGCGUCCGGACCCCCGGUGUCCGAGCUGAUCACCAAGGCUGUGGCCGCCUCCAAGGAACGCAACGGCGUGUCCCUGGCUGCGCUCAAGAAGGCGCUGGCGGCCGUGGGAUACGAUGUGGAGAAGAACAACAGCCGCAUCAAGCUCGGUCUGAAGAGCCUGGUGAGCAAGGGUAUCCUGGUGCAGACCAAGGGCACCGGCGCCUCCGGCUCCUUCAAACUCAACAAGAAAGCGGCUUCCGGCGAGGCCAAACCCAAGACCAAGAAGGCAGGCGCGGCCAAGGCUAAGAAGCCUGCGAGCGCAGCCAAGAAGCCCAAGAAGGCGACCGGUGCCGCCACACCCAAAAAAGCGGCCAAGAAGACCCCGAAGAAGGCGAAGAAGCCCGCUGCGGCUGCCGGUGCCAAGAAAGUUUCCAAGAGCCCGAAGAAGGUGAAGUCUGCUAAGCCCAAGAAGGCAGCCAAGAGUCCAGCCAAGGCCAAGGCUCCCAAAGCUAAGGCUGCCAAGCCUAAGGCGUCUAAGCCCAAGGCCACCAAGGCAAAGAAGGCUGCCCCUCGCAAGAACCCUCUCCCCGCGGAUGCGGCGGGCCAGCUGGAUGUCCUUGGGCAUGAUGGUGACACGCUUGGCGUGGAUGGCGCACAGGUUGGUGUCCUCAAACAGACCCACAAGGUAGGCCUCGCUCGCUUCCUGCAGGGCCAUAACCGCAGAGCUCUGGAAGCGCAGCUGAAGGUGGCGCGGGAUGAUGCGCGUCUUCUUGUUGUCGCGAGCCGCGUUGCCCGCCAGCUCCAGGAUCUCAGCCGUCAGGUACUCCAGCACGGCCGCCAGGUACACCGGGGCGCCGGCGCCCACCCGCUCAGACGCCUGGUGCGCGAGAUCGCGCAGGACUUCAAGACCGACCUGCGUUUCCAGAGCUCUGCGGUGAUGGCUCUGCAGGAAGCGAGCGAGGCCUACCUUGUGGGUCUGUUUGAGGACACCAACUUGUGUGCCAUCCAUGCCAAGCGUGUCACCAUUAUGCCCAAGGACAUCCAGCUGGCCCGCCGCAUUCGUGGCGAGAGGGCGUACAGCGUCUUAAUUUUGAAAUGGGUUAUAAAUCAGGAUAACCACCACAGUGUGAGAGUGGACAUUCACACUCACCAUUCCUGUACUCGAAUGUGUAGAAGGAUGUCUGGACGUGGGAAAGGGGGGAAGGGCCUUGGUAAGGGCGGUGCUAAGCGCCACCGUAAAGUCCUCCGCGACAACAUCCAGGGCAUCACCAAGCCCGCCAUCCGCCGCCUGGCCCGGCGCGGAGGAGUGAAGCGCAUCUCCGGCCUCAUCUAUGAGGAGACCCGCGGUGUGCUGAAGGUGUUCCUGGAGAACGUGAUCCGCGACGCCGUCACCUACACGGAGCACGCCAAGCGCAAGACCGUCACCGCCAUGGACGUGGUCUACGCGCUCAAGCGCCAGGGCCGCACGCUCUAUGGCUUCGGCGGUUAAGGUUACCAAU